ACUGCGCCCCCUCGAUUUCUCAGAGAUGACAUUUGCUCCACUGAGCUUCCUGUGGAUCGAUUUAUAUCUUGCACGUGCCAAAGCUUUCAGGGUGUACUGAUCACUGGCAGAGACACGAAGCAUCUCUACAGCAGCAUCACCUCCACAAAGCUCUGUCUCCAAGUACAGAGAGUCGGGUUACGCGGAAGCACGUCAGCCUUCAUGUCUUAAGUUAAAGCGAGCUAUUUCAGGCGAGUCUCUCCAAGUGCACGAGUCGGUUUAGUUUUUUUUCUCCACACUCAGCACUCAGUACAGUAGCCUUUACAGUACAGCUUCUUCUUUGUUUAAUGACACACACAUACACAGCUGUUAAUUAACCAGGUGUGUGUGUGUGUUGGUGGAGAUGAGCACUGCAGUUCAUUUCAUCCCCUGUUUCCAUUUGCAUUAAGUGAAUCUGGACGCUGAAGACUCUGUCUCUCUUUCUCUCGCGCGCGCGCUCACACGCACGCACCACCACCGGCACCGGCUUUUCUUGCUCGCGAGCACCAAAGUUCCAAGAUGAGCGAUCUGGACGAGGAUCUGGCCAAGCUGCUUGUGAUAAAAGAUGAGCGGAUUAAGGAGAUGGAAAGACGCCUCGGUGAGAAGGAAGAGGAGAUCCAGGAGUUGAAGAGGAAGCUGCACAAAUGUCAGUCGGUGUUACCGAGCGCGCAGAUGAUCGGACCGAGGACCAGGCGAGCUCAGGGCAUCUCAGCAGAACCGCAAAGCUUCACCGAGCUCACCGAGCUCACCGGGGAGGCUUUCCGAAAAAUCCCCAAGUCUGACAGGUCCAAGGAGCUGAUCAAGGAGGCCAUUCUAGACAACGAUUUCAUGAAGAACCUGGAGCUCUCACAGAUCCAGGAGAUCGUGGACUGCAUGUACCCGGUGGAAUAUGACAAAGAGAGCUGCAUUAUUAAAGAAGGUGACGUGGGCUCGCUUGUCUACGUUAUGGAAGAUGGCAAGGUGGAAGUGACCAAGGAAGGCAUGAAGCUGUGCACCAUGGGACCAGGCAAAGUGUUCGGCGAGUUGGCCAUCCUCUACAACUGCACCCGUACGGCCACCGUUCAGACUCUCACUAACGUGAAGCUCUGGGCCAUUGACCGCCAAUGUUUCCAGACCAUCAUGAUGAGGACAGGACUCAUCAAACAUGCCGAGUACAUGGAGUUCCUCAAAAGCGUUCCCACAUUCCAAGGCCUUGCAGAAGAAAUACUCAGCAAACUCGCGGAUGUCUUGGAAGAGACUCACUACAGUGAUGGAGAAUACAUCAUCAGACAGGGCGCUCGAGGAGACACCUUCUUCAUCAUCAGUAAAGGAAAGGUGAACGUUACCAGAGAGGAUUCGCCCAAUGACAUCGUUCAUCUGCGUGGCUUGGGGAAAGGGGACUGGUUUGGAGAGAAAGCUCUUCAAGGAGAAGACAUCAGGACUGCCAACGUCAUCGCCGCCGGGGCCGUCACCUGCCUGGUCAUUGACAGAGAUUCAUUUAAGCAUUUGAUUGGAGGUCUGGAUGACGUCUCCAACAAAGGCUACGAGGACGCUGGAGCCAAAGCGAAAUACGAGGCAGAAAAUGCCUUCUUCUCCAACCUGAAGCUGGUGGACUUCAACAUCAUCGACACCUUAGGGGUGGGAGGAUUCGGACGAGUCGAGCUGGUGCAGCUCAAAAGCGAGGAGACCAAAACAUUUGCCAUGAAGAUUCUGAAAAAGCGCCACAUAGUGGACACGCGGCAACAGGAACACAUCCGCUCCGAGAAGCACAUCAUGCAGGAGGCUCAUUCAGACUUUAUAGUGAGAUUAUACAGGACAUUUAAAGACAGCAAAUAUCUCUAUAUGCUGAUGGAAGCCUGUUUGGGAGGAGAACUCUGGACCAUUCUUAGAGACAGAGGAUCUUUCGAAGACUCCACGACCCGCUUUUACACAGCCUGUGUAGUAGAAGCCUUCGCUUAUUUGCAUUCCAAAGGAAUAAUUUACCGAGAUCUCAAGCCGGAAAAUCUCAUCCUAGAUCACAGAGGCUAUGCCAAGCUGGUGGACUUUGGUUUUGCCAAAAAGAUUGGAUUCGGGAAGAAGACAUGGACUUUCUGUGGAACACCGGAAUAUGUAGCCCCAGAAAUUAUUCUCAAUAAAGGUCAUGACAUCUCAGCAGAUUACUGGUCACUUGGUAUCCUCAUGUAUGAACUCCUGACUGGCAGCCCGCCGUUCUCAGGGCCAGAUCCAAUGAAGACGUACAAUAUAAUCUUAAGAGGUAUUGACAUGAUCGAAUUCCCAAAGAAGAUCACCAAAAACGCUGCCAAUCUAAUAAAGAAGCUAUGCAGGGACAAUCCAUCUGAGAGACUCGGAAACUUAAAAAAUGGGGUGAAGGACAUCCAAAAGCACAAAUGGUUUGAAGGCUUUAACUGGGAAGGGUUGCGUAAAGGGACUCUUACUCCUCCUAUUAUACCUGAAGUGUCAUCCCCCACCGACACCAGUAACUUUGACAGUUUCCCUGAGGACAACGAGGACCCGCCACCCGACGACAACUCAGGCUGGGACACGGAUUUCUGAUCCGAUUUACCCGUCUGACUGUCAGUCAGGACCUUCAGGACAUGGUUGUGUUGAGUGAGUUUAGAGACUGCUGCUCACGGUGGCAAAAUUAAACAAAAAAAAAGAAAGAGAGUCCAGCUCUGGGUCACCAUGAUGCCUUCCCCAAUGCUGUCCCCAUUGGGAUGCCCCAGUUCCAUUAACACCCUGCGUGCUGAGUUUUGAAGACACACUCUGAUAGCUUUAUCACAUCUCAUUAUUCCUCCUUCUCUUUCUGUCCAUUCAUACACCUUUACACUUCUGCUCUAUUUGCCUUUUGCUGAUUGGACAGAGCAUGAGUUAAACUUAAUGACAUGAUUGGAUGGGACAGAAUUUUCUAGCGGAGGUCAUGCUGUUCACUUGCUUCUCUGAACUUUAGUUUCUUAACCAGUGUAACAGUAUAUCAUGAUUGUGUGUGUAUGGUUGUUAUAUAUUUGGAAAGUCUCAUUAUACAGUAAAAUCAUAGAUAAUAAAUGUUGCAAGGGGGAAAAUGUCUUUAAUAUGACAUCUGAAAUGCCCUUCCACUGUAAUGCUUCUCCUCCAUGCUUAUAGCCGGAUGAUUAUUCAUAACAAAAGCUCACAUUUCUGUAUUCUUUAAAAAUAAAAUCCACUCUUAUACUGAACGUGUCUUAGGCAAGGGUCAGCGUCUGCAGGUUUACACCACCAGAGGGCAGUCUGUGACAAAACACAAGCUACCUGAUGCGAACGAGUGCAUAAAGAGAAAGACAAACAAAUCAGCAAACAAUCAUCGCUUAUAUGCUGCUAUACGAUCCGCCCUGACCUUAUCGCUGUCCAUGCCGACUCCAUAACCACAAUCAUUGAUGGCUAGACGACUGCCUGAAGGCUGACAAUAGCUUGAACACAAACUACUGUGCUGGAAAACAAAUUAGGGAUUUUUAUUUAUUGUAGGACCAGAGGUAAAUAUUUAUGUACAUAUUCAGUGCUGAUAUUUUUGUGAUACUUGUAGAAGAAAAAAAAUGUCAGAGUAAAGCUGGCUUUGUUAUUUAAUUUCUUUGGAAUAUGUUUUAUCUGUAUGGUACUUUGUAGAAAUGUUUUUUGUGCAAAAAAACAAAACAAAAAAACUUGUGUCCAAAACUUCACGAUGGACAGUUUGUGCUUAUUGUUUUUUUUUUCCUGUUUGUUUGUUGUUUUUCUGGCAUUAUGGGAAGUGCCUUAAUUCAAUGGCAUUCAAUAUAGACCCUACGUUGGUACUGAUGCUGCAUGACUAGUUGAACACCUCAAAUAUGUAAUCCUUACUCGUUUGUGGCUUUUUUAAAGUUCAGCGAUUUAUAUGCCUUUUUCUUACAAUAAAAGCAUCAAGAAUA